AUGAGUUCAUCGCAGCAAAAGGAAUCCACGACAAAUGAAAAAGCUAACUUUAAAAGUCAGAAUUUGUCUCCUGUUGGCUAUUUGUGGAUUCCUAAGUCUCAAGAGUGGAACGUGGUAGAGCUCAAGACAGUCACUAAUGGGGCACUCCCAAAUCAUGGGAUGUUUAUGAGAUUGAUGAAGUCUCAAGAUAUUGAUAAGAUGCAGCCGAUAAUCUCGGCUUGCAAGUGGACAGCAAACUUUCCUCGUAACUACUACAUCAACUACAUGCAGCACUGGCCGCAUUUGUGCAUAGUUGCGGAACUCAAAGGAAAGCUUUGCGGGUACACGCUGGCUAAGCUUGAUCGGGGUAUGGAAGGAGUUUUUGGGCACAUCUCUGCCGUCACGAUUAAAGCAGAGUUCCGAGGAAGGAAUCUUGGCAGCAGAUUGAUGGCUCAGAUGGAGAUGGAGUUUGCAAAAGUGAAAGAAGCGAAGUAUGUCGAUCUUUUUGUUAAGGAGACAAACAAAAAUGCCAUCGGUUUUUAUGAACAUUUGGGUUACGAAAUACAUCGUCGAAUCCCUUUCUACUACGAUGACUGUGACGCUCUCGAGAUGCGAAAAACUCUUGCACGUGCACAUGACACGCCUAUUUCCUGCAAUGCGGAGAAGACGAAGAACUCAUGA